AUGCAGUUCUCCAGCUCAGCCCAAGCAGCCGAUGAGAACGUGGACUAUUUGUUCAAGGUCAUCCUCAUCGGAGAUUCCAACGUGGGGAAGACGUGCGUGGUACAGCAUUUCAAAUCUGGAGUCUACAGCGAGUCACAGCAAAACACCAUUGGGGUGGACUUCACAGUACGCUCCCUCGAGAUAGACGGCAAGAAAGUGAAGAUGCAGGUGUGGGACACCGCGGGCCAGGAGCGCUUCCGCACCAUCACCCAAAGCUACUACCGAAGUGCCCACGCAGCCAUCAUCGCCUAUGACCUCACACGUCGGUCCACAUUCGAGUCUGUCCCUCACUGGAUUCAUGAGAUAGAAAAAUACGGAGCAGCUAACUUGGUCAUCAUGCUGAUCGGAAACAAAUCGAACCUGUGGGAGAAUCGGCGCGUACUGUUUGAGGAUGCCUGCACACUGGCUGAGAAGUAUGGCCUCCUGGCUGUCCUGGAGACAUCCGCUAAGGAGUCCAGGAACAUAGAUGAAGUCUUCGUGCUCAUGGCGAAGGAGUUAAUUGCCCGAAAUAGUCUGCACCUGUAUGGAGAGAGUAUCCAGCAAGGUCUCUCCCAGGAUUCCAGUCCAAUUCUUGUGGCCCAGGGUCCCAGGGAGAACACCCGCUGUACUUGCUGAACUUGUACGGAAGACUGGC